CACACUACCCGUAUAAUAGAAUCCUAUAAACAAAUUGGUUGUGGCAAAUCAUUUGCUGUUCUUCCCUUUGUUUCCAAGGAAAAAAAAAUUAUUUUAGUUUGAAGAGGAAUGUCAUCAUCUUCAUCGUCAGUAUCAUCAACCAUGGAGAACUUAAUCCUGCAACUCCACGACAUCUCUGCCGUAAAAUUUGGCAAUUUCAAGUUAAAAUCAGGCAUCUCUUCUCCGAUCUACAUAGACCUGCGUCUCAUAGUAUCUUACCCUACACUUCUCCGGCAAAUCUCCCAAACCCUCGUUUCCACUCUCCCUUCCUCCACUAGGUAUGACGUCGUUUGCGGUGUUCCAUACACCGCCCUCCCCAUUGCCACCUGUGUCUCCGUCGCCAACAAUAUACCCAUGCUCAUGCGACGCAAAGAGGUUAAAGACUAUGGCACUGCCAAAACCAUUGAGGGCGCCUUUGAACCUAACCAAAUUUGUCUCAUUAUUGAGGACCUCGUCACCUCCGGCGCAUCGGUUCUCGAAACCGCCUCUCCCCUCCGCCAUGCGGGACUCAAAGUCACCGAUGCCGUUGUUAUGAUCGAUAGGGAACAAGGAGGGCGGGAGAACUUGGCAGAAAAUGGGAUUACAUUGCAUUCAAUGGUUAAGUUGACUGAGAUGGUGAGGAUACUGAAGGAAAAGGGAAGGGUGUCAGAGGAAACAGAGAAGAUGGUGAUGCAGUUUUUGGAGGAGAAUCGGAAGGUGGCAGUCCCCGUGGCUGCUCCAGAAAAGGUCAAGUUUAGGUUGCCAUAUGGCGAGAGGGUGAGACUGGCAAAGAAUCCAACAGGGAAAAAGCUGUUUGAGAUAAUGAUACAAAAGGAGACCAACUUAUGCUUGGCUGCUGAUGUUGCGACUGCUGCUGAGUUGCUUGAUAUAGCAGACAUGGUUGGACCUGAAAUCUGCAUGCUGAAAACCCAUGUGGAUAUCUUGCCUGAUUUCACCCCUGAUUUUGGCUCUAAACUUCGCUCGAUUGCAGAAAAACACAACUUCUUAAUAUUUGAAGAUCGUAAAUUUGCUGACAUUGGUAAUACUGUGACAAUGCAAUAUGAAGGGGGAAUCUUUAAAAUAUUGGAUUGGGCAGAUAUAGUCAACGCUCACAUUGUUUCAGGUCCGGGAAUUGUUGAUGGGUUGAAAUUGAAGGGUUUGCCUCGUGGUAGGGGCUUGUUGCUACUAGCAGAAAUGAGUUCAUCUGGUAAUUUCGCUAAAGGAGAUUACACAGCUGCUGCUGUCAAAAUUGCUGAGGGCCAUUCAGAUUUUGUUAUUGGAUUCAUUUCUGUUAAUCCUGCAUCAUGGCCUAGUGGACCAGGAAAUCCAGCCUUAAUUCAUGCAACCCCUGGAGUUCAAUUGGCGAAAGGUGGAGAUGCUUUGGGCCAGCAAUAUAACACCCCAUUUUCUGUCAUUUCUGAAAGAGGCAGUGACAUAAUAAUUGUUGGGCGUGGAAUUAUAAAGGUUGCUAACCCUGCUGAGGUAGCUCGGGAAUACAGGCUUCAAGGAUGGGAUGCGUAUUUACUUCAUUGCAAAUAGAGAAGCGGAUGCAGAUGUGUGUUUCCUUUUCGGCUUGUUAUUACAAAGAUUUGACGGGUUUUUUGAAGGCUUCAAUGCAUUGUUUCCACAAAUAAAAUCAGAGCUAGUGUGCCAAUUUUUAGCAUAAAUGCUUGGGGCUGCCAAUUUCAUUCAAUGAAGUUGCCUGGCUAUGGUGUUUGAUUGAAUAUUGUCAUUGGCCUCUAGUUACCAAGAGCAUGACAGAAGCAGAUUAUUGACUGCA